GGGAUUUGAGCGAGUUUGAUGAGGUCCAAAUUGUGACGUCUAGACGACUGAGUCAGAGCAUCUCCAAAUCUGCAGCUAUUUUGGGCUGUUCCUGGUCUGUAGUGGUCAGUAUCUAUCAGAAGUGGUCCAAGGAGGAAACAGUUGUGAACCAGCGACAAGGUCAUGGACUCGAUGGGUCAGGACUGUCAAGUCAAAAACCUUUUAUUGUCAUUUCAACCAUGAAAUGAGACGUUUCUCCAGAACCCUGGUGCUACAUAAAACAACAUAGGACUGUUUUGGCAGCAAAAGGGAAACCAAAACAAUAUUGGGCAUACAGGACAGUAGGUUCUUCAGAAAACAGCGUUGAGAAGCUGUUCAUUAAUCGAAACUUUUAGCAAUAUUUCAUAUGCACCACAGUGUCUUGACCACAAGAUGGCGCCACUACAAAAGCAAACUCCUUUUUAUUCACCUUGAAACAUGGUACAGGUUUUGUUUUUGGACUUUUUUUUUUAACUGAGGGGUUUAAUCACAGAUGCUGAUUAUUAUUUAUUAAUAAAAAUGCAUAAUUAGUUAGCUGAGAAAUUUAUUAUUGUUUUCUUGGUUAUUUUCUUGGAUAUUUCUCGGUUAUGGUUAUCAUUUUUAAUAAUCUUUAAAAUAUAUUAUGCGUAUUGUAUAAUGUUGCAUUGAGUCAACUAUAUAAACCUAUUUUUUUUUUACUCAUAUGUUGUGAUAUUGUCGUGUGAUAAUAAUAUAUGAUAAAAAUAAUAUAUAAAAAAUUGCAAUAUUGAAAAUAAUAUCAGUAAUAAUAUUAAUAAUUAUUAUAAUUAUAAUAUUAAAACCACUAAUAUGUAAUAAAUAUAUUUAGAUAAUGAAUAAAUUAUAUAUUUUAUACGCAUUCAUAUUGUUUUUGGUGAAACUCGAAGGGGGGGAGGAGCCAAAACAAAGAGGUGGGGAGAAUGAGGUAUGAUUUCCUUCAAUCUGAUUGGUCAAUUUCGUGUUCCUGCGGCGCGCACGUGACCCCCACUUUGUCUCCCUCCGCGCACACGCGCGCACACGCACGAGUGUCGCUCUAGUGGUUAAAUCAAAACACAACAGCACCGAGUUCUCUCUCUCCCUCAUCCCUUACUUUCUGGUUUCCUCCACGCCAUGACGCGGUUGUGCUGAAAGCGCGGCGUUACUGCGCGUCCUCUCCCGUUCCCCCCCUCCCCGCCCUAUCCAUCCCGCGGCGGCCCGUGUGGAGGACUGGGAGCUGCGGCUGCGCCAUGGCGGCCGCGCCGCUGACGAAGCGCUCGGGGACGGAGCCCGCGCGGAGGCGCGCCGCGGACCCCCGCAGGAGGCAGGCGGCGCUUUCGUUCCUCAGCAACAUUUCUUUGGACGGGAGGCCCGUGCGCGGGGAUUCGCUCUCACUCGGGGAGGAGGACGGCUCCCUGGAGGCGAGGACGACACGCAGCCCGGUCACCGCAGCCGAGGAAGCAGAAGAAGAAGAGGAGGAGGAGGAAGAAGAGGAUGAAGAAGAAGAGGAGGAGGAUGACGAGGCACGGGUUUCGAGCAGGCGCGCCAGCUUCGUCGUCGGCGCGAGCCCUCCCGCGGACGCGCACCUCUACCACGCGCAGGUCUUCGGCUCGCCUUUCUCCUCCGCGGCCACCACCGCGCGCGGCCGCCUGCACACGUUCACUCAGGGACUUCCGCCCUCCGCGUGCUGCAGGCAGCAGAGUCCUUGCUGCCCCGAGGUAGGAGGAGGAGGAGGUGUUGGAGGACACAUCAGCACCUCCGCUUUCGACUUGCACAAGUCCAGGCGGAGGCUAAUUUCCCAGCGUUCCUCACUCGAAACUCUGGAGGACAUUGAGGAGAACGCUCCUCUUCGCAGAUGCCGGACCUUAUCAGGUUCACCUCGACCAAAGAGCUUCAAGAAGGUCCACUUUAUCAAGAACAUGAGGCAACACGACAUCCACAACGGAAGGAUAGUCCUUAUCAGUGGCAGAAGAUCCUUCUAUAGUGUAUUUUCUGUCCUGCCCUAUCGAGAUUGUAGCCAAACAGGAGACGGAGUGAAGAUGGAGAGCGGGCGUCAGCGUCACCCCUCAGGCGGCGUCAGCGCCAAAGAGAUGGUGAUCGGGCUGGAGGGUGUGGAGCUCGGCGCUGACGGCAAGACUGUGUCCUACAUGCAGUUCCUCUACCCCACGAAUGUCCUCGGUCGCCGCAACACCAUCGAUUCCACCUCGUCUUUCUCUCAGUCUCGUAACGCCAGCCAUCGGAGCCUCAUCCUGGCACGCGCCAACAGCCACCAGAGCAGCCUAGAUACGGGGAACGAAGUGGUAGAGAUCAGGGAGUAUGACCCCAACCUUCUGGACGACCCUCAGUGGCCAUGUGGAAAACAUAAACGCGUGCUCAUAUUUCCUUCCUACAUGACGACGGUUAUCGAGUACGUCAAGCCCUCGGAUCUGAAGAAGGACAUGAACGAGACGUUUAAGGAGAAGUUCCCUCACAUUCGCCUGACGCUGAGCAAAAUCAGGAGUCUGAAGCGAGAGAUCCGGAAGCUGGCUCAGGACGAGUGUGGCUUUGAGGAGCCCACCGUAGCCAUGGCCUUUGUGUAUUUCGAGAAGCUGGUGCUGCAGGGGAAGCUCAACAAACAGAACCGCAAACUCUGCGCCGGAGCCUGCGUCCUCCUGGCAGCCAAGAUCGGUGGAGACCUCAAAAAGCACGAGGUCAAGCUCCUGAUCGACAAACUGGAGGAGAGGUUUCGGGUGAACCGGCGCGAGCUGAUCGCCUUCGAGUUCCCCGUGCUGGUGGCUCUGGAGUUCAACCUUCACCUCCCGGAGCACGAGGUCAUGCCCCAUUACAGACGCCUCCUGCAGAACUCCUAGCAGCAGCUCUUCAUCGGAGAACGAUGCGCUCAUUACUCUCUCUCUCCGAACCCUAGAGAAGCUCUAUGCACUCAUCCAUGAAGGGAGGAAAAAAAACACAUUUCAGCCAAAGUUUGUGGAAAUUCGUUUGCCUGCGCAGGUUUUAAUAGACUUGUUUGGUUUGGCUUCAUCAGUGGAUCUCUCGCUGUUUUCUUCUCACUUCUCGGCUCCGAUCCGAAAGUGAAGCCGCUGCAUGUCUCGUGCUGUUUAUAGCCUUAAAAUCAACCUGUGAAUGGACAAACUUUUUAAAGAUGGCGACGACUGUUUUGUUUUCUUUUCGCUCAGAAGGACCUCGUACGUUUUUUUUUUUCUCUACAAAAAGUGCACUUUUUCGGGGAGGGCGGGUUUCCAGGAGGUCAAAGGGCGCUCGUUACAUCUGUAGGUUUUCUGUGAAAUUCCUUCUAAGCAGCACUCUAAGCAUGUUGAACCAUAACCAGUUCCUGUGCAGGAAACAGCCGCAGACGACACGACCCUUCAUCACGCUCCUGUUACUCUUUUAUCCGUCUCCUGUUUGUUUGUUUGUUUUUAUGACGUAGUGGAGGAGGUGGUGGUGGUGUGACGAGCCACCAUCGCGGUCACUGUCCCCUUGCUCUAUGUUAGAGUGGACUCUCGGCACGUUUCUAGUGCUACGCUCGAGGAGGGAAGACGUGUACAGAAGGUCGUGCUGCGAAUUAAAAACCAACGAGGACGAUGUCGAAUUUUUUCCCGUCACUCCAGCGCUGUGUAUCGAAGACCUACGCAGUAUUAACACGGGGGUCCCAUUAUGAAAGCUAACUUGCACUGGACCAGGAAAAAACAUUUUCUACCAUCUUCUACUCGCUCUUUUUAAUCGUUAUGCUUGAAUCCUUAUAGACCAGAUGAUUGAUCAGAAUUAUUUUUUUUUUUUUGCGUGUGAUUUGAACACAUUUUCAGACUUUUGUUGAACGACGGAGGGUGAAAAAGGAGUCACAAUAUUUACUGGAUUGUUUUUUUUUUUGUUUGUUUUUUUUUAAUACAUUUUUUAAAUGUGUACAUUUACAAUUUUAGGGUAUACGGGACACAAGAUUACGCCUCCAAUAUUAUUAUAUUCGCAUGACAUUUAAAAAACAAAGCAGCCGAAUUCCUGCGAGUGUUAAUUCAUUUAUAAUAAUUCACCCGUUUUUUAUUCUAUUUUUAUUUUUUUUUUAUAUUUCCUAUUUUACCACCUCGUGAGAUUCUUCCCCAAACCUGUUGGUGAAACGGCUGUGAGAAUCCAUCAUUAUCUCUAAGCUAAUUAAAGAAGGGAGAAGUCGAUCCUGUAGCUUUGGACAAACAAAUGUUCAGCAGCUCACGCAAAAGGUGGGCUCUGAAAAUCGAUCGAGCAAUUAAUAAACUUCGUUUUUUUAAAUAUACCGAAUAACCAGCCUCAGGAAAACAUAGAGCUGAAGUACUGCAACACUAACGGGACAAACAUUUUUUUUUUCUACAUAAUACACUUUUUUUUUUUUUUUUUUUUAAGAGCGUCUUAUAUUCCAGGAAAUACGGUGCAUUAAACACAGUAGCAAAAUUCCCAAUAAAGAGAGAAAAGUAUUUCUAUAAUCGAAUGAAAAUGAUUGUAAAAAAAAAACACUUGUGUAAAUAUGAUGCUUUGCUUGUUAAUUAAAAUAAGGAGGAUGAAUCAUA